CGCGCUCCGUGUGUGAGCGACUCUCAGUGUCAGACCCAGCGGAGUGAGGGAGAGAGAGGGGGGGACCGGCCAUGGCUCCUCAUCAUACAGAGAAGCUGCUGCAGAUAAUCAGGAGCUUGCCGCCCCUCAACGAAACGAAAGGACUACGGUACAGCCUCGGGGAAGCGAGCCAGUGCUUAGAGGAAGACUCCAGCAUCUACGUCAAGGUGGUGGCCACCAUUAUCUUUGUGUUGGUAUGGCCGUUCAUCGUGUUCGACAUGAAAUGGUUCCCCCUCGGUCGACCCGCCGCCGCCUUGGUCGGGGCAGCGCUCAUGGUAAUCUUCAACGCCGUCGGCCAGAUGGAAGUGUACGACAUCCAGGCAGAGAUCGGAGACAUGCAGACCAUCUUCCUCCUGGUAGGUAUGAUGAUGCUGUCCUACUACUACGACCGAGAGGGGCUACUGCGACUUGUCGCGCUCAAGAUCUUCGGCACCGGAGCCCAACCCUUCCGAAACAUCCUCUGGCGCAUCUGUCUCCUGUCCGCGUUCAUGUCUGCGCUCAUCACCAACGACGCCACGUGUCUCGUUGUGACGCCGCUCAUCCUCUACGAGUUCGUGAAGCAGGGUCGAGACCGGAGGGAGCUCCUGCCGAUUUGCCUGGGAAUCGCAACAUCUUCCAACAUCGGGAGUGCUGCCACCGUCUUCGGUAAUCCGCAGAACGCCUUCAUCGCCUCCGCCGCAGGAGUCAACCUGCUGCAGUUCUUCAUCGCCGAGCUCCCCGCGGCAGUCAUAGGACUAGUCAUCUCCGUCAUCCUCCUCUAUAUCAUGUUUUACAAGAUCGCACUCCUGAAGGCCCCACCGCCAGAUGACGAAGAGCAGGUCGCCGGCGGCCGAGACUCCCGCUACCCGAAGACGCUCGCGGACGAGAGGGAAUCUCUGGCGCUCAGCUACGACCAGAGCCACGAUCCCUACCUCAGCAGCGCCAUCGCAAAGGAGCGAGAGCUGCUCUACAGCCAGGACCGCGCCAGCGUCUCCGGCUCUCUUCCUCCGCGCGGCAAGAAGCGCGGAGGCGGCCGCGGAGCCAGCCCUUACCCCGGCGGAAAGCUAAAGGUCCCCAACUCCCACGGAGUUCCAGACAUCAGAGUCGACGACGACAAGAAUGGGAAAAAGGGGGAGGACUAUCAGACAAUUCCAGAUGUGACCUCAGAAGACGGUGAUGAUGAAGAUGAUGAUAUUCUCCCCACCCCUCUGAAGGACCGCACAUUGAGGGAGAAGCUAUUUGCAGCAUGGCUGGCUUUCGUCACUGCUCUGGUGGUGGUCCUCCUCGCCAUCCCUCCCCCACCAGUGGUUCCUGCCCAGUUCAACCUCGGUCUCGUCCCCGUGGGUGCCGCCAUCCUCACUAUGCUCAUGGACACCAUCCUCAACAAGAAGUAUGCCUACGAUGCCAUGCUCAAGAUUGACUGGACUGUCAUCCUCAUGUUCAUGGGGCUCUUUGUCUGGCUGGGUGGCUUCCAGAACACCUGCUUCCCCACCAUCGCCUUCUACAAGAUGUCCGACUUUAUGAACAUUGAGGAGUUCGGAGGCACCAUGCUGUUCACCGUGUUUGUAAUCAUCGGCUCCAAUAUCUUCAGCAACGUUCCCCUUGUCAUCCUCAUUGCCUACAAGAUCCAGGGUCUGUGUGGGGACCACGACUGUGACGGUCCUCUCGGAGGGCUCCUGCUGGCAUGGGUAUCCACAGUCGCUGGAAACUUCACCCUCAUUGGCUCAGUCGCCAACCUGAUUGUAGCCGAGAAGGCUCGAAGCAGCAUCGAUUUCCGCCUCACUUUCUGGAACUACAUCAUCUUUGGAAUGGUCUCCACCACUAUAGUCCUCUUUGUAUUUAUAAUGAUGUUUUACCAAUCGCGCGGCUCCGUGUUUUACGCGGAUACGCAUGCGCAUACUUCACGCGUCACCGCGCGCGCGUCGUCGUUCGUCACCAUGAAUAAACCUCCAGUCACUGAUACCAUUAGCGGUGCUGUUCUGCAUCGAGUACCAAGUGACCCUUCAACCAUAGAUUCGAGUGAGGUAGUGAGUGAAGCAGAGAGUGAAUCUGAUGUUGGCCCUCCAUCCCUCUCGUCCCCUCUUCCCCUCACCGCCUCUGAAGAGAGACAGGUGGACCAGUGUACUCGUAUUGGUCUGGUGGCCACUCGCAAGUACCCGUCAGAUAUACUGACAGAAGAUGACCGAAGAGAAAUGGAUGUCAUCAGAAGGUCACUGGGAAUGCUGCCCUGGAAGAGCCUGACAGCUGCCAAGAGUGAGGAUCUGGAGACAGAAGAGCAGUCAGCCUCUGGUACCAAAGACACAGUGUUUGUAGAUGGCAGGUCUCCACUUAUUUCCAAAAGACAAUCUUCUGAAACUAAAGCACUCCCUGAGAAAAUAAGUAAUUUUGAGAACAAGGGAAAAUCAUCCAAAGAAACAUCUUGUAAAAGAGAACUGCGUCAUGAAAGAGAACUUUGUUCUUUAAGGGACGAGUGUCCAAGUGAGGAGAACAGAGAGGGAACAGAGGUGAGGACUGGCUGUUAUUCUAGACCAGCAGGGAAUAGAGAGCAGCGAGAAAGCUCAGAGAUGGUGGCAAACGAGAGAGACAAGAGCGAGGAAAAAAGACGUGGCUUUGGAAUGAGGCAGGGAAGAGGCGGAUUAAACAGAGGCGUGGAGAAGAAAGAUCGAAGAGAUGCAGUAAGAAACUGCAGCAAGAACUAUUGCAGGAGUAGGUCUGGGUAUCAUCAGGCAAGAUGUUCCUGUCUCCAUUCGAAAUACUGUGGUGGACAGAGGAGACCCCGAGUUUGGGUCACUGGUAGCAGGUUAUUGGUAUGUUCUGUGUGUAGGCAGCAGAUGUGGCAACCAGAGGAACACUGGGUCCCAGGGAGGGGUUGGUAUGAGCAACAGCUGCCUCUACCGCCAUUGUUCAGUGGUUCACACCUUCUGACUGGACAAAGAGACUUAUUCAGACCCCUCCGUCUACCUGGCAGUCACGUGAAACCUUCACUCCAGUCACAAGGCAGCUACUUCCAGCAGCACAUGAAAAACAAGAGGAAGAGAACAAGAAACCUUCCGGUUGCUGCGGCGAUGGAGCGAUUAUUUGGCUGGCUGACAGGGAACAGGUUGGAGGAAGAGGAGAGAGAAAAGGACACCAGUAGCAUUAGCAGCAGAGAGAGGGAAAAGGACACCAGUAGCAUUAGCAGCAGAGAGAGGGAACUUCGUCCACUGACAGAUGAAGAGGUGACGACGUAUGGUAGCAAUGGAGCCUGUGUGGAGGUGGGGGAAGGGAGGACGGGAGUGGGGAGAGACGAGGAGGAUUUUGUCGUCAUUGCCAGCGAAGGAGAAGAGAGCAGCUGUACGCUAGAGGGGUCUCAAGAGGCGGCUAAGGUCUCCACUACCACUGCUGCUGGAGGUAUACUGAAGACAGCUCAGGAUAGGCUGAGUCCAGCGCCAAGCUGUCCCCACCACAGAGCACCUGCCAUAGAAUGGCGUUCUCGUGCCGACCUCCCGGUCAGAAUGAAAGGUCUACAAGCUGCCCUACACAGAGGGAAGGUGUUUGUGGGUGGAGGCUAUACUGGCCACGCCAACUCAGAGAUGACAGUAUACGAGUACGACCCAAACUUUGACCUAUGGGCGGAGCUUCCCGUCUCUCCAAUGAGAUGGUUUGGAAUGACAGAGUAUGAAGGUCAGCUGCUGUUGGCGGGGGGAAAAGACGUGGAGAAGGGACGACGGAUGAAAAUGACCAAUCGAAUCGCAGUAUUUAACGAUGAUGAGUCUUGCUGGCUCCACCCCUAUCCACCCAUGUCAGCCGCCCGGGCACACCCAGUGGUGUUUUGCCACGCCCACCUUCUGGUUGUUGCUGGGGGACGCAUAGGGGUCCUGGACUACAAUGUGGAGGUAUUUGACGGUCACCACUGGGUGUCAGCGUCACCUCCCCCUGUUCCCAUCUCCUCUCUCUCCUCACUCGUCCACUGUGGCCACUGGUACCUCAUUGGAGGCAUGAAAGUCUCCACAAUACACUACGUAUCCCUCCAGAGCUACCUCCACUCGCUCAUCCCACCCCCCCAGGAAGAAGAGGAGAGAAAAGAGGAAGAAGAGAAGAGGGAAGAAGAGGAGGAGAGAAAAGAGGAAGAAGAGGAAGGACAGGUUUUGUCAACCAAACCAUCUACAAGCAACAGUACUCCGCACAUUAACUGGGAGGAGUUUGUCGCACCCCCUUUCCUUGUGUCUCGGAUUGUGUCGGUGGGACACCACCUGGCAUUGUUUCCCUCCUCACCCAGUGACGAGGGAGGGCUCCAAGUGUAUCUCUGGCAUGAGGGAGACUGGUUGUCUGCAGGAACGAUUCCUCGCGUCAGUGUCUCUGCCAGCGUCAUCCUCUUAUCUUGUGGAGACCUUCUGUUGCUAGGAGGCGAUGUGGACGGCCUCCAUUACUCUAACAAGGUCUACAGAGUCAGUCGUGGUACUGGUGGACCGCAAGAAAGAGAGCAAAAAAGAACCUAG